AUGGCGGGUCUGAACGAAGUCUUGGGUCUAUUUCAAUCCGACGACCUCCGGGGGAUUUUGAGUCACGAAGUCAAAGAAAUUGACGAAGUCAACCGUAGUGAGUCGCAAGACACUCGUUCCACAGGUAUUGCUAAAUCGGAUGCUAGACACCUGAAUUAUACAUUACCAGCAAAUGCGACCGCCAACGACGGUGUCCAAGUCCGGGUCACGGGCUCAAGCAGGUCUAUCAGUGCACCAAGCGAAUACCUCAUGAUUCUUCGUCUAAUGGUCAAUUUAGCAAGAAGUGACUACACCGCCUCCACGAACAAACAUAUUGUCUACCAGGACGAAGAGCUGAGAUUCUCCUUCGAGUAUCAAUUGAGUAUAUAUGAUCCGCGGAAGUCUAUGGUGAAGAACAGUGAUGUUGUACGAACUUUAAAGAGCAUUGCGCAGAAUAUGAGAGAUCGUCGACUGUAUCCUGAAUGGAAUGCUCAGUUCUUUGUGAAUGAGCCUAGCUUUGGGGUGUUGGCUACUCUUGAGUUGAAGCCGGAUGAGCGGGGUGUGAAUAUGAUAUAG